UGCCUUCUGUAAUUUCUAUUACUACUACUACUAUUACUACUGACAUUGACUGAACAAUGGGAUUGUCCGCAAACAAACUGAAUAAGGAAGCAAUUCGAGCUCAUAAUGACCUUAGAGCAUUGCACGGUUGUCCAAAAAUACAAUAUGAUUCUAAAUUAGCAAGUGAUGCACAAAAAUGGGCUGAAAAUUUAGCCAAAAAAGGCUAUUUACAGCAUAGUCAAGCAGAUGGUUACGGUGAGAACUUGGCAUUUCAGAUGUCAUCUGCGGGUGCAUCACUAAGAGGUCAUGAAGCCACUAGAAAUUGGUACGAUGAAAUCAAGAAGCACGAUUUCAGUGGACAAAAUCAAGCUGGAACAGGACAUUUCACUCAGGUCGUAUGGAAAUCAACUAAGAAAGCAGGAUUUGGAGCGGCGAAAUCAUCAGAUGGCAUGAAAAUAUAUGUAGUUGGACGCUAUAAACCUGCUGGAAAUGUAAUCGGUCGUUAUGCUGAGAAUGUACCAAGACCUAAAAAAGCUGCACCUCCAGUGGAUGAAUAUAACAAGAAGUAUACAAGUGAAAGCAAAUGUUCAAUAUUAUGAAAAAUGCGUUCAUUACUCAAAAGAAAAGAAAACAGAAAACAUCAUUAUUACUGAAUCAACAUAAUAAUCUUCCUGUAUUUUGUAAUAUCAAAAACAAUUCACUACUUAUUUUGCAAACAGUGUCUAACAUUAUUUACCAUAUUGUGUAAACUUCUGGGUGCUUGCUUGACAAUCACAAAGAGAGAAAGAGGAUUUUCAAGUGCUUUAUAUUAUUUUUUUGUAAUAACAACACUCCAGUCAUAUUUUUUGCUUAUUUAAAUAAUGAAAACAAAGAAUAAAAAAAUUUCAAGAAUAUAAUGGUUC